AUGUCAAGCCCUGUCAUGGUUGCAGGAGAUCAUAUUUCUCCACAGCAACAGGCAAGUCAAUCGGAACGAAAGCCUGGAUGUAAAGAUCCAAUCUUUGCAGUUUUGUUAUACGUGAACGUUGCAGCCAUCAUCGGUAUUGCUGCCACCAUGGGCAAGGAUGCCUUGACUUCCGCCUCAGACGGAGGUUCCAUUUAUGAUUAUUCUGGAUUUAUCUACGCCGGGGUUGUUAUCAGUCUCGUAUCCCUCGUCUUUGCCGGAUUUGCCCUUUUGAUCGUCAUGAAGUUUCCUGAAACCGUCAUAAAAAUAUCUCUAAUUUUUGUAACAAUUCUCGCUGGGAUCUGGGCCGUCAUGGCUUUCCUAUCAGGUUCAAUCAUUGGCGGAGUCGUCGGGUUGCUUUUCUUUGGCAUCUCAGUUUGGUACGCAAAGGCCGUGUGGAGCAGAAUACCCUUCGCAGCCUGCAACCUCAGUACCGCGAUUACCGCAAUACGGCAAAAUUUUGGAGUUGUCCUCUUCGCAUAUCUUUUCCCAAUUCUUGGAGUUUUCUGGGUGAUCGUUUGGCUAGUGGCUUUCCUAGGUAUAUAUGAUUCGAUUUAUUCAACCGGUUCUGCAGACGGUAGCAGCUCAAGCGGAGUUGCCUACGGGUACUUAUUCCUCAUGUUCUUAUCCAUGUUCUUCACUGAACAAGUGCUAGAGAAUUGUGUGCAAUGCACUAUCAGUGGUGUUGUUGGAACUUGGUGGAUUGCGCCCCAAGACAACGGUUUUUGCUCCGGUGCGGUUUGUGGCUCUUUCAUACGAACUGUGACUACUUCUUUUGGUAGUAUUUGCUUCGGAAGCCUCCUUGUAGCCAUCAUCAGAGCCCUUGAGUCGCUAGCUCGUUCGGCACGAGAAAACGGUGACGCCGGAAUACUUGCUUGUAUCGCAGAGUGUCUUUUGGGGUGUCUUGCUGGCCUUGUUGAAUACUUCAAUAAAUGGGCCUUCGUCUAUGUGGGAGUAUAUGGCUACGGUUAUCUCGAGGCUGGAAAGAAUGUUAUUCAAUUGUUCAAGAAUCGUGGAUGGGAGGCAAUUAUUGCUGAUGAUCUAGUCGGGAAUGUUGUUGGUUUAAUGUCUUUUGUUACAGGCGGCUUCAUGGGCGGUAUUGCCGUCCUAUUGGAAUCCAAUACUGAAUGGUUUUCAAGUGUUCCCUCGGACGCUCCAAUCUUUGCGUUUAUAUUGGGUUUCAUACUUGGUACCGCGAUCACUGCCAUCUUAUUGUCCACCAUGGCAAGUGGUGUCAAUGCUGUCAUUGUCAUGUUUGCCGAUGCGCCAGCGGAACUUGAACGCAACUACCCCGAGAUUUCCAUGAAGAUGCGCGAAAAGUGGAACGAAGUCUAUCCUGGAUCAGUCUGA